GUAAUAAUUCAACAUUUUAACAUUCUUAUUGUAAUUUUUUUUUAAAUAAAAUAGUUGUCUCAUACUCUCAUUGUCUGACAUAGUACCAUACUACCUUACUAUACUUAGAACUUAGGAUUUAAUACUACUUAUUUACAGGCGUAUACAUACGGGUCACAGACGAUAAACACUGAAAUACACCUACAUCCUACGGCAAAAUACCGAGAUACCGAAUGAGUACUGACUACACUCGUGACCACGAUUUAAGAUAGAUAUACUAUCUUAAAUCGUGCUCGUGACCAAUGUGAAGUGUUAGCCAUCAGUCAUCACAGUCCUCCACAGUAUUUUGGCGCUCGGCAGUCAGAUCUAUGAAUUCAGAUUUUAGUACUUCCGAUUUGUUUAUUUCUUAGUCAAUAGUGUGCUUACUGCUGAAUAUUUAGUGAUCUACUAUUAAUUAUUAUUUAUUACUUUCCUUUAAUGUAAAUAGUCUAAAAAUUCGAUUCUUGAAAUAUAUUAAAAUCCAUUAAGAAAUUGUAAAUAUCUAGUUUCUGUUACUAAAUAGAUAGUUUUUGCCGACAAAGUAUUAGAAAUGAAAAAUAAGAUUUCAACUUUUUUAACAGAGCUUCCUGGCUCUGCUAUUCAAAAACAAAAAAAUAAAAAGAAAAGAAAAGAAAUUUAUUCAGAUCCAAAUGAAGAUAAAAUAUUAUUAAAGAAGAGAAAGUAUUUAGCCACUGAUGUUAAACCCCAUGUUGUUACAACUAUUUCACAAGUUCCUGCAAUAAAUAACAAAGUUAUAAAGAAAAAGGAAAAACGAUUGCAACCAGCUUCUACCCAUUCACACUGUAUUGAAGACAUAGUUGGUAAGGAUUUGAAAGAGGAACCCCCUAAUACUGCUGGCACUGUCAUCUCUGAAAUUGAAAAGUUUGCUGUAGUACCAAAUUCAUUGCCCAGUUAUCGUACAUUAUUUUCAUCGUUGAAGUCUAAAUUUAAUUCACCUUUACCACAACUGUUAAAGCAAAGGUCAACUUCAACACCAAUUGCUGGCUCAGAGCGGCAAAAAUUGCAUUUUGAUCUGGAACCUCUUACGCCAAUAAAAGAAUUGAUUCCGUCAUCACUAUCUAAACAAACCAACUUAGAAUGUGGGUUGAUAUCAGAACUACCAUUUCAGCCUAUCACCUUAGUUCCCAAGGAUAAAUAUAAGUCUUUGCUGACUUCUGAAAAAUUGAAAUUGGGCAUUUUGAGCAAAAUUCCAAAGUUUUGUCCAUUUUGUGAUUAUGUGUGUGAAAGAAUGAUUUAUCACCAUAUUGAAACAAAUCAUAAAGAUCAACUCAAACUGCCUAUUCCAACCUCUCUUGACGCAAUCAAUAAAAUAAUAUCAAACUUUACAAAAAACAGAAAGGUAUUGGUGCCACUACAACGUAUAGUUGAUAUAAUGGGCAACUAUUGGUUUAACCCAGAAACAAGAAAGAUUGGUAACAUUUUGUGUAAUCUUGGCCAGAUUACAGCAUAUGGUGGGUCAUGGGAGUUAGAUCAUGUCUCUGAUGUCCCCAAUCCAUUUGAGCAGUACAUCAUUAAAUCUAAUCAACAUUCAGAGUAAAAAGUUUGACAACUGGUUAUUUCCAAUAUUUUUAAGUAAUUAAGUUGAUUUGUUAUUUUUAUUAUUACAACAGAUAGAUAAAUUAUUUUAAUUUAAUUUUAAAUACUAAUUAUACUCAUACAUGUUUAAAAUUGUAUAUUCAGUUUAUUUUGUUACAAAUUUUUUAUUGAACAUUAAAAUUUUAUAAUAAAAAAAUAAUUAUUAUGCAAUGAAGUAAAUAAAGCAGAAGUUUAUGGUUAUAUAUCAAUUAUUUUAAAAGUUCACUAUUUUUUUAGUUUAAUUUUAUUAAUUGCCAAUUGGUAGUAAUGAUGUAGUAUUGAUAAGAAUAUUAUGUACAAAAGAAAUAAUAAAAAAGUCCUCAGUAAACAGUGUACUUAAUGUUCAGUAGUAUUUUAAUUAUAUAUUUAUAUGGCUUAAAAAAAUAUAUAUUUUAUAUCAUUUUUGUA